AUGUCUCAUCCCGAGCCAAGAGCGCUCAAAAAGCUACAGCCGGUGACUCGACAAGCAGGCACCAAAGGUUCUCGUCAUAAGAUCAACAAGCAUUGGGCAUGGGCUCGGAAGGUCAGAGUCAGCGUCAUUCAGCGGAAAGUGGCAUACCUCGCUUUGAAAGCCAGGUGGAAGUGGAAUGAGGUGGAGAAAAUCUGCCAGCGUCUCACAGAGGAGUGGCAGCAGCCUCCACUGCUAGCUUUGUUGCUGCCCACGGCUGCCUCUGAAGAAGCUCUAACAGCUCUGGAUUCGCUGUCCGACCGCGGUGUCUUGAAUCUCAGCACAGAGACAUUAUAUUGUGGGCAAGAGGUCUGCCUAUGGAUCCUGAGGUGGACAGGAGAUAAUCCAACCAAUGAUCCUCCAGCCAUCACCCUUGAACUCUUUGCUUCGAUGGUCACGAUGGCAACAGCCAAGCUUCAUCCGCCUGAUUCUGGGCCCUUCCUCUGGCCGCUGCAUGACAAAGAUAUCGCCUCUGCCAUCGCAUUGUGCGAGUACGCUGGGAAUGAUGCGCCAUGGUGGAGAAAGGUAUUAUGGGGUCUGAGGAUCAUCCAGCCACCAGGUGGGACAGUUCUUGAAGAGUGCCUCCUCGACCACUACGGCCGUGAGGUCGGCUACGUGUUUGCAUGGACCAACUUAUUCACCCGCAGCCUCUGGGGACUUACUGCCGUGUGCAUGCUCUUCUGGAUUUGUGGAGCUCGCCCACAGAUGGGUGGAUAUGAGGGAGUGCUGUGGUACAUCUUGCAGUUUCUGAUUCUGUGCUGGGCAAUCUGCUUGAGCGCAGCUGCUGGGUUGCAGAUUGAGCAUAUCAGGGCUUAUGCGUAUCUUCAUUGA